AUGCGCUUCGCCUCCGUUAUUGUCAUCGCAGCGGCCGCUUCUGCUGCGGUCAUUGGCCGUCAGAACGCUCCCGCUGCUAAGGCCAAGCUGCUCCUCGGUGCUCCUACCACCAUCUCCGUUGCCGAUUACGAUGGCAAGUCGUUCAACAUCGUGAAGAAGGACACCCAGUCUGGCACCAGUCCCAGCUGGAUGGUCUUCAAGGAGCCUAACCUCCUCUACGCCGUCGAUGAAUAUAGCAACGACAUCCGUCUCUUCAACUUCGAUACAGCUACCAACGAGCUCAAGCUCGCUGUGUCCGCCAAGGGUUCUGCUGGUGUUGUCUCUCUCGAGUUCAACCAUGACAAGACUCGCCUCGUCGGCACUUCUUACGGCGAAGGCACUGUGGACGUCUGGGACAUCUCUGACGCGAGCACUCUCAAGCGCCUGCACAAGAUCAGCCUCGGUGGCACCCUCGGCCCCAACAAGGUCCGCCAGGACAACUCUCGCGCUCAUCAGGCUGUUCUCGACCCCUCAGGUCGCUUCUUCGCCAUCAACAACCUCGGUACCGACUCCAUCGUCAUCAUCGACUCCAAGGACGACAAGUACGAGAUCGUGUCUCGCAACAGUGUCGCUAGAGCUGGCUGCGGCCCACGCCACGGCGCCUGGUACCCUCAGAAGGGAGACGCGCCUACCGCCUACGUUGUCGCCUGUGAGCUCACCAGCACCCUCGAGGUCUUCUCCGUCUCUACCACCAAUGGCUCGGCCAUCUCCCUCACCCACACCUCGGAGCUGAGCACCUACGGCGCCGCUUUCCCUCCUGCCAACACCACUUCCGCUGCUGCUGGUGAGAUUGUCAUCUCGGCUGACGGUAAGGACGCCUACGUCUCCAACCGUUUCAGCGGCAACGAGACCGACUCCAUCUCCCACUUCAGGAUCACCCAGCAGCCGGCCACGGGCGGUUCCAAGUGCAAGGCCAAGGCCGGCGGCAUUACUCUCGAGUUCGUUGAUCAAGUCUCUUCCGGCGGCCAGGUCCCGCGCAUGUUCAGCUUCUCCAAGGACGGCAAGACGCUCUUCUCGACCAACCAGCAGGGCGUUGGAGGCGCUGGCGUGUUGGCGCUCAGCCGUGCCGAGGAUACUGGCAGCCUUACCGCUGCCCCCAUCGCGUCCGUCCCUGUCGAGGAAUUUGGCAAGGUUGGCUCCGGUCCUCAGUUCGUCCAGCAGAUCGUCUAA